GUGUGGUGAGUCUGGAAGACAACAAGAGGCUGAAAACAACAGAGGAUUCUCAUCAUCUAUAAACUACCAUUUCAACAUGCCGAACAUAUCUUAGUUCCUUUUACAUGACACGGCUUCUGUUUUGGGGACUUCUGAUACACAGCUUUAUAUCAUCCUGUGCUGAAAAGGGUUACAAUGCAGUGGGACAAAAACGUGGGACCGCUCGAGUUAUCUGACAUUGACUGGUCGCGUCUGCAGAUCAGUGACCGAGAGGAAACCCGGAAGUAACCGCAAAGUACGAGCUACACAGCUCUAGUCUUACGUCACACCAGUUUGCAUCUGUCUCCACCUGUAACCCCGACGUUAGAGCAAGAUGCCCGAGGCCAAGACGGCGCGGCUCAAAGCCAUCAGCACCAGUGCUAGUGACGGACUGGAGGGGUUCAAGGCGCACGCUGUGUUCCAGGAAAUCAACAAGAAGCUCCAGGAGGAAGGGGAGCAGUUUGUGAAAAAGAUCGGAGGAGUGUUUGCCUUCAAAGUUAAGGACGGCCCGAACGGAAAGGAGGCUGUUUGGUUUGUGGACGUGAAGAACGGCAAAGGCUGCGUUCACAAUGACGCAGCUAAGAAAGCAGAUUGCACCAUUUCCAUGUCAGAUACAGACUUGUUGGCCUUGAUGACAGGGAAGAUGAACCCACAGACUGCGUUUUUCCAGGGCAAGCUGAAGAUCACAGGGAACAUGGGCCUGGCCAUGAAGCUUCAGAGCCUGCAGCUGCAGCCGGGCAAAGCCAAGCUGUAGAGGGGGCGUCAAAGCGGGCCGUGGCUAGAACUAAACAGAAUUAUUCCUGAAGAUUUUAACAGUAACUCUGGUUUCAAGUGUAUGUCCAAGGUCUGCUAAGCUUCUCAUCACAGGAAUGAACCAAUCUCCCUACUCGCGAGCUUACUGACGCACUGCCAAUAUGACUGGAGAACUAAUUAGAUGAACUAAUAAAGAAUUGGCUAAUCAA